AUGGGAGUUCAAGGACUUUGGAAGCUGCUUGAAUGCACUGGGAGGCCUAUAAACCCAGAAACGCUGGAAGGGAAAAUUCUUGCUGUUGAUAUCAGUAUCUGGCUGAACCAAGCAAUAAAGGGAGCCAGAGAUCGUCGCGGUAAUUCCGUACGGAAUGCUCACCUCCUCACUCUGUUUCAUCGACUCUGCAAGCUGCUGUUUUUCCGGAUUCGACCUGUCUUUGUUUUUGAUGGAGAGGCUCCUCUUCUGAAGAGACAGACCUUGGCUAAGCGAAGACAAAGAAAGGAUGUUGCCAUCAGCGAUUCCAAGAAAACUACAGAGAAACUCUUGAAAACACUUUUGAAGAGACAUGUUAUCAAAACUGCUCUUAAGGACAAAAGCAAUGAAGUUUUGCCCAGUAUUACACAAGUCCGAAGAGAAGGAAUUGAUGAUAUGUAUGUGUUGCCUGCUUUACAGGAUGAAGAGAAGAACAGCUCAGAGGAGGAGGAAGAAAAAGAAUGGCAAAUGAGAAUGAGUCAAAAAAAGAUGUUACAGGAACAGCUGUGUGAAAAUCCUUAUUCUGUAGAUAUUGAAUCAGAAGAUUUCAACAAGCUGCCUCCAGAAAUAAAACAUGAGAUCUUGACUGAUCUUAAAGAACUUACAAAACGAAGGAGAACAUUAUUUGAAGCAAUGCCAGAGGACUCCAAUGACUUUUCCCAGUACCAGCUUAGGGGUUUGCUUAAAAAAAGCAAUCUCAAUCGGUGCAUAGAAAAUGUACAAAAAGAAAUGAAUCAACAGCACACAGGUGAAAUCCAAACACAGUAUGAAAAUGAAGGUGGUUUUGUGAAAGAAGUGGAAUCGAGGAGGGUGGUCUCUGAAGAGACUUCUCACUAUAUCCUAAUAAAGGGUAUUCAAGCAAAAGAAGCUAUAAAGAGAGACUUGGAAACUGCUGCAGGGCCCUCAUCAAAAAUGCUUGAAUUUACUAAAUUGAAUAAAGUCAAUGAAUCUCCUGACAAUGCAAAGCUGAUUGCACCUGACAAGAUGCAGACAGAGAAAGAUAAGAAUGUGGUGACAGCACCACCCUCUCCUCGAACUUUGCUUGCUAUCCAGGCAGCUAUGGUAGAAAGCAGCUCAGAAGAAGAACUGGGGGAUGGAGAAACAGGACGAUUGAACGUGGACCAAUUUGUAACAGAGGCAGGCAGCGUGUCUCCAGGAACACUACGGGCAGUUCAACAAGCUCUGAGUGAUGGUGAUAAAAGGGAGGAAGUUGUUACUGUUAGAACUGGUGGAGUGCUACCAGAAAGAUCAGAAGUGAAGGGUUUUCUGCUUAGUAGCUCAGAAGAGGAAAAACAGAUUCCUGAAGUUAAGGAGGGAAAAAACAUACCUACACCUACAAUUCAUUCGUCAGUCCAAGUGAUUAUGCAAGAUGAUGAGUCUGAGCAAAAGAGUCAGGAGGUGGAAAAGAGUCCUAUUACACCCAAAGACACUGGUAUAGCCAGAGCCGAAAAUUAUUCUUCUGUUGACAAUACUGGAAAAGGCAAAGAAGAUGUAGACAAAAAAGAAGAUGGUUCAAAAAAUAAUAUUGCACUCAAGAACACCAGUACAGCCAGAGCUGAAAAUUAUUCUUGUUUUGACAAUACUAGGGUGGAUAAAGAAGAUGUAAACAAAGAGGUAAAAGGUUCCAAAAAUUAUAUUACACCCAAAGGUACUGACAUAUCCAGAGCUGAAAAUUAUUCUUGUUUUGACAAUACUAGAAAAGGCAAAGAAGACGUAGACAAAGAAGAAAAUGGUUUCAAAAUGGACUUAGAGUCUUUGGGAAAUAAGGAUAUAAAUUUGUGCAUGCAGAAGCCAAGCUCUUCCCCUGUACCAACUAGUACAGGGUCUUUGGUUCAUGCCAAAGCAUCAGACCUUUCUAAAAAUGAGGAAAACAUGAAAAUUACUGGAAAUAUAGAGGAAGUGAUUUCACAAGCAAAAGAAAAUGUAUCUGAGGUACAAAGGGAUAUUAGACUUUUUUCAGAAGCAGAAGUUUCUGAGGAGGAAAAAGAAGGAAGAUCACAGUCUGAAGACAGUGAUUCUGAUG